AUGGCUCGCAUUCAAUUUGGUAUUCUCGCUUACGACUAUCAAGUCGUUGACGUGGUUGGUCCAACUGACCUUCUCGGCUCCCUCGCCAAAGAAUUCUUAGAAGGCUUACAACUCCUCGGCCCUGUUGAUAAAGCUGUUAUUGAUGGGGCUCCGCAAUUUGACUUUCAUCAUAUUGGUGUUACUCGCGACCCGGUACUCCUGACUAGCUCGAUGAGCAUUGUGCCUACGACGACUGUUGACGAGUGUCCUGAGCUGGACAUUUUGUUAAUGGGAGGGCCAAACCCACUCACUUUCGAAUUGCACCCCAAAUUCUCGGAGUUUAUUCGUCGCCAUGUCGCUGCAGGGAAGUUGCUCUUUACCAAUUGCACCGGCGCCUCCGUGGCGGCGGAGACGGGCGUCCUUGACGGAAAGAAUGCGACAGUCAACAACGUCGAAUUCGAAUAUGCGAAAAAGAAAUUCCCCAACGUUAAAUGGACAAGAGACACGAAGUGGGUUGUUGAUGGCAAUAUCUGGACAGGAUCUGGCGCUAUCGCGGGUAUGGAUAUGUUUGCACACUGGCUGAAGGAGAAUUAUGGCCUGGAUGUUCUUGUCCAGGCAGCCAUGCUCCUUGAUUACGAACCAAGGGAUAUUAAUGGCGUACUAAACGUCAUUCCAAAGAGGUUCGAUGCGAAUGGAAAGCAAAUCUUCACGCAUGUAUACUCUUACCAUUAG